AUGUUGUUCACAAAAGCGGCCCUCACCGUCUCUUCUCUAAUACUUCUUGUCGCGGCGCAAGAACCCGAUGACGCCUUUUAUAGAAGCCUGAAACCCAGUUUUGGCAGAACUCCCACUACUACAAGCCGACUACUGAAGACUCGCGAUCUUGAUAAACGAUGCACUGGUAGUUGUGAGGAAUGCUUCGGAGAUGGCUACACACUCUGCCCGGGAAGCAGUAUCUACUGCUACCUCCCAGGAGAUUCAUCUUAUGGUUUGGAUUCCUGCUCUUCCGACUAUAGCAGUGACAGUACCUCGACCGCCAGCGCCCCUGCAUCCACAUCUACAGCCUAUGGUACCGAUGAGCUUUGUUAUCAGACUGGUGCGACUUGUACCUCAUGCUUCGGACCAACAUAUCUGGAUUGUCCUGAUGGGUACCACUGCUACGAUCCAAAUGACCCACUUUACGAUACUUGCCCCGAAGACGAUGACUCAUCAGACACUACUUCUUCUGGUUCUGGUUCAACCUGCGCCGACGUGUACGGUUCUGGAAGCAUACCUUGCGGCGACGAUUCUUGCUAUAACCCUGGGGAUGGCGACGUCUGCUGUGACGAUGGAUAUCACUGUGAAGACGGCUAUACCUGCUCGAGCAUCAGUGGCAAGUGUUGCGCUCCCGGGUCAACAUCCUCUUCAUGUUCCGGGUCAGGUAGUGGACUGCUCUCUUCAUCAUCCAUCGGGGCUACCCGCACAACCUCCAGCAGUGGACUGACCUUCAAUACUGGCACUGCUACCACCUCCACCAGAUCUACAGGCACAUCAACUGGUGUCAGCCAAUUUGCGAAUGGAGCUGGAGCCAUCGACGUCCAGAAAGGCUUCCUCCUCGCAGCCGGACUUGGUGCCUUAGUUCUGUAG